AUCAUUCGUUGAAGCAGUAAUCUACUCCUACGAAACUCACGAUGCCUGAUCCCGUGAAAGCGCCGAAGAAGGGCUCAAAGAAAGCCGUUUCUAAGAGCGUCUCCAAGACCGGCAAGAAGAAGAGGAAGACCAGGAAGGAGAGCUACGCCAUCUACGUGUACAAGGUCCUGAAGCAGGUCCACCCCGACACCGGCAUCUCGUCCAAGGCCAUGCUGAUCAUGAACUCGUUCGUGAGCGACAUCUUUGAGCGCAUCGCCGGCGAGUCCUCCCGUCUGGCUCACUACAACAAGCGCUCCACCAUCACCUCCAGGGAGAUCCAGACCGCCGUCCGCCUGCUGCUGCCCGGUGAGCUGGCCAAGCACGCCGUGUCUGAGGGCACCAAGGCCGUGACCAAGUACACCAGCUCCAAGUAAACCCGCUGAUACACCAGCAACACAAAGGCCCUUUUCAGGGCCACCCACUAUUUAGACUAAGAGCUCUCUUCCUGCUUCUCAACAGUCUAUAAGCAGAUCCUUGUCACAGCCAGCCUCUCAGCAACUUAAAUUACUUGGCUUCUCCAACUUGGAGACUUUGUCUGUAGUUAUCAUGCUAUAUUAAAAUGCUACUGCAGAAGCUC